AGCUCGACCCUGGCGCCGCCGCCUACGCACUCCAGCAAGCCCUCAAAGCCGUCGCGGAAGGUCAUCCUCGAGCCGGGCCACUCGCCGCUCGACUGGGCGCGGAUAGCCAACUCGCCCACCUCGGACCUGCGCAACCUGCCGCCGGGCACGCCGUAUCUCAAGGUGACGCCCUCCAUGCUGAAGAAGAUGACCGGUCGCAAGGGCAAGGACGCCUGGACGGCCUUGGGGGGGAGGGUGUACAACAUGACGGCCUACCUGCCAUUCCACCCUGGCGGCGAGCCCGAGCUGAUGAGGUGCGCCGGUCGGGACGGCACCAAGCUGUUCGGCGAGAUCCACCCGUGGGUCAACUACGAGGGCAUGCUGGCCAGCAGCUUGAUCGGCAUGCUCGUG